AUGGGCGACAAAGCCCGCAGCACUGGCAUCCCAAUCACCAGCGCCAACAGAAACCAAGCCAGAGGAGACAACAAACCUUCGAACGGCGGCUACCAGAUACACGGCCAUAGACUUCUUCAAGUCGGUGAGGGCCCAGACGAGGAACGUUGCGUAAAUGCGCUCUUCCUUGAGAAGGGUCUCUUCGAUGUCGCGGACGACGCCGAACCCGAUGGCUACGGCGACAUUAUAGAGGGGAGCGUGGUGAGCUGCGGAGACCACUACGAGGUGCGGCAGGUCUUCAACCUGACAAGCGCGCUGCUCGAGCCUCAGUGGAAGCUUUGGAGGACCGUCGGACGGGUGGACCCUCUCCAAGUGCCCAUGGUCAAGGCUGUUGUAUCGCAAACCUAUCUGCCCUUGCAAAGCCUUGAACGCUACACCCCCACCCAGGUAUUGCCGUCCGCAACGGGGGGGUGGGUUGCGAAAGUGCUGCAAGAGUUGACACGCAGGUCCCUCUACGAGAGGCCUGACAAGGUGCAGAGCAACCUCAAUACGCGACAAGCCAAGACAUCAACGGAGAGGCUUAGCUGCAGGCUGCUUAAAGUUCAUCAGAAGCAACAACCCGAGCGUGGGGACAACUGGGGGUUGUUCGUUGAGUGCACGUGCCGCGUGGAGGAUGAUGACCGAACCGUCUAUGACGGCACCCUCAUUGAAUUUGAGGUGAGAUCAAAAGACGGCCACAAGAUGCCGAGGGUUAUCGUGCCGUGCGAGGCCAAAUCGCUCGAAACGAAGUGGAAUUCCCGGAAGCUUGUCGGGCGAGUGAUGUGCGAGGGCGAGGGCGAGAACAUUAACAUCCCGGACAAGUUCUGGAAAGCGGUCGAGUCAUUCCCGAUCCCGAGGUGGCCGGACGGCGGCGAGUCGCUGAAGAGUUUUCUCGUGACGCAACUGCAGUGCCAGCUAUUCAAAGAGUCUGCCAUCAUGCUGAUUGAAGACCGAGAGUAUUUUGAGGUGUAUCACAAGACGUCAAAGAAGAAGACGUCAGAGAGAAGGUCGCAGGUGACCUCGGAGCGAAUGGCAAAGGAGGAGACAUUAGAGGGCACGCCAAAGUGA